AGAUCAUUUUGCAGGGUUGAAAAGUUGUGCCUGGACAUUUCAACAGCGACUGCUCCGUGUCUUUUUCGCAAAGAGUUUUAUACGUUGUGGAAAGAUGCUAACUUUAGGACCCAACGUUGUUUCCUAUUUUGUUUUGCUCCUCCUCUUUUCACAUUGUGUAACCCAGAAAAUUGCAGAGUCAUGGUAACAUUUUAACAUUUAAAGAAAAAGGUGAAGUGAUGUAAACAUAAGCGGCGCUUCUUUGCCGAUUGUUUACAUACAGACUACCCAGCACACGUAUAGGUUUUCUGCGUGCCGGAACAGCCAGCGCCGGAUUCUGGAAGACCGUGAGUUUUGUGAUCUGCAGAACUGUUGGUGCAUCCGAACGGCUGCAGUUUGGCAGCACUACAGUAAAGAUGGUGUUUUCUGGAGGCUAUUGUGAAACAAGCAGCUCGAUUUCUGAGGCAUGGACAAUGAAAGGGUUUCUUCCAUGUUUCUACUUCACACUUGUCCCUACAGUGCUUCUCAGCUGCGGCUUGGUUUUGGGAGCAUUACAAUGUGUCUGCUUUGCAAAGCAGAGUACAGUAAUGGAGCCCAAGUACAUUCCACGAUCGUGCCUCUACACACUACAGUUUGUUUUCACCAUUGUGCUCAUACUGCAGUUCUUUGGAUACAUCCUUUGGGAAGCAGUUGGUUUAGGCAUUGUGUAUGGAUACAUGAUUGUUUACUGUUGCUUUUCAUUGGUUGGAUGGAGCUGCUCACUGAUUUUGUUGCACCUGGAACAUACAAGAGUGUUAGUUCGAGACAGAAAUAGGGGACACGGUUUUGUCCUUCUGUUAUUCUGGGCUCUUGCUUUUGCAUUUGAAAACUUAGCAUUUGUGUCUUGGAGCAGCCCUCUCUGGUGGUGGUCAUUGGACAAAACUGAAGAGAAGGUGCAUUUUGGCCUCUGGUUGAUUCGCUUUGUCUGCACAGCUUUCCUGUUUAUUCUUGGACUCCGUGCUCCUGGACUUCCUAAGAAGCCGUAUAUGAUACUAAUUAAUGAGGAUGAGCGAGAUGUGGAGCACAGACAGUCACUGUUGGGUCAAAACCAGAGCACUCAGUCAACCUGGAAGGAUUUUUCUAAGAAGGUGAAGUUACUGUUGCCGUACAUGUGGCCAUCUGGUCGUAGAUUCCUGCAGAUUCUAGUAUUGCUUUGUGUGUGUUUACUGGGAGCUGAACGUGCCAUUAAUGUCUUUGUACCAAUCUACAACAAAAAUAUAGUGAAUGCUCUGACUAAUGGAGAUAGCUGGACUACCUUGGCUAAAAUUGUAUGCAUCUAUGUUGCACUGAAGUUCCUCCAAGGAGGUGGUGCAGGUGCUUCAGGCUUUGUCAGCAAUCUCCGUACAUUCUCAUGGAUCAGGGUACAGCAAUUCACAAACAGGGAGGUACAGGUGAAGCUUUUUGCACAUCUUCACUCCUUGUCCCUGCGUUGGCAUUUGGGGCGAAAAACUGGUGAAGUCCUACGUAGCAUUGAUAGAGGGACGAGCAGUAUUAAUAGUCUACUCAGCUAUAUUGUGUUCAGUAUCUUUCCAACUAUUGCAGACAUCGUUAUUGCAAUUGUGUACUUCUGCUCUUUCUUCAACGCAUGGUUCGGGCUCAUAGUGUUUGUCUGCAUGUCUCUCUACCUGGCAUUAACUAUAAUAAUAACAGAGUGGAGAACAAAAUACAGGAGAGAAAUGAAUACCCUUGACAAUGCGGCCAAGUCCAAAGCUGUUGAUUCACUACUAAAUUUUGAGACGGUGAAGUACUACAAUGCUGAAAGUUAUGAGGUCAGCCGAUUUAAUGAUGCCAUCCUGAAAUAUCAGCUUUCUGAGUGGAAGGUUAAUGCAUCUCUGGCCCUUUUGAACCAAACGCAGAACUUCAUAAUUGGAUCAGGGCUGCUGGCAGGUUCUCUUUUGUGUGCUUACUUUGUUUCAGAGAGCAAGUUCCAGGUGGGUGAUUAUGUGCUGUUUGGAACAUAUAUCAUUCAGCUGUACACACCUCUUAACUGGUUUGGCACGUACUAUAGGAUGAUUCAAAGCUCAUUUAUUGACAUGGAAAACAUGUUUGAACUGUUUAGAGAAGAACGGGAGGUGAAAGAUGAUGUGAAUGCUGGCAACCUUCUUGUUAAACGUGGGCACAUUGAGUUUGAAAAUGUGUACUUCAGCUACGUUGAUGGAAGAGAAAUCCUGAGAGACAUCUCAUUAUCUGUGAUGCCAGGACAGACUGUGGCACUGGUUGGGCCAUCCGGAUCAGGGAAAAGCACCAUCAUCAGACUCCUUUUCCGGUUUUAUGAUGUCCAAGGAGGUUGCAUUAAGAUUGAUGGACAAGAUAUUUCAAAGGUAAAGCAGGCAUCCCUCCGUGCUCAUAUUGGAGUGGUCCCUCAGGAUACAGUUCUUUUUAAUGACACUAUCCAGAACAAUAUUCGUUAUGGCAGAGUCGGUGCAAGUGAUGAAGAGGUGGAACAAGCAGCCCAGGCAGCAGACAUUCACGAUCGGAUCAUUUCUUUCCCAGAUGGUUACCAGACCCAGGUUGGUGAAAGAGGCCUGAAGCUGAGUGGUGGAGAGAAGCAGAGAGUUGCCAUUGCCAGAACAAUUUUGAAAGGGCCACAGAUUAUUCUUCUAGAUGAAGCAACAUCAGCUUUAGACACUCUGACAGAAAGGAACAUACAGGCUUCCCUUGCCAAGAUCUGUGCUAACCGAACUACAAUUGUCGUAGCACACAGACUGUCAACUAUAAUUAAUGCAGACCUCAUUAUGGUACUCAAGGAUGGACAGAUUGCUGAACAAGGACGGCAUGAUGAAUUGUUAGCCAAAGGAGGGCUCUACUCUGAAAUUUGGCUGAAACAGCAACAAGGCCAUGACCUUGAGGACUCUGCCUCAGACACAGAAGUGAAGGACCAUAAAACUGAGAAACUGCAGCCACCGAGUGAAAAGAAGGGGCACUAAAAUCCUGUGCUCACUAUGCUCUUGAAAUUUUGGAGUUCUGUUUUACUUGAUCACAUAUACUUGACUGCCAAGUCUUACAAAUGCAGGAAAGAGCAGACUUUUUAAAUAGAAAUAUUUCUGCAAAAUAUGUGCAUACACUUUUCAUAGGUGUACAUUUUUAAAAGUUAAGAACUAUGUAUGUUGUGUAUUUUCUGGUGUUAAGACCUGCUGCUUAAGUGCUGGUACACACUUGCAACUUGAUGUUUUAGUUGUGACCUACAUAUCCAUUGCAGUUUUGCCACAAAGACUUUUGAUGCUCUAUUUGCUGUAACAUGGAAUGAAGACACCCAUUCACCUUGGUCGUAAAAGCCCAGUAAGUCUAACAUGUCCCACCUUGUUCCCUUUGUAGGGUUUAGUCAAGAAUAGCUGCAUCAGAGUCCGUAUGGAUCACUACUAAGGAAUUGCCUUGUAUGUUCUAAUAAUUAGCAUGCAUUUCAAUCUUUUUGACCAAGAAGUUGCAUAAAGUGGUAACUCCUGCUGUUAACCUAAUGGACUUGUCAAUACAUGUCCAUGUGUUCUUUAUAUGUUGCCUUGGUUUAUGGUGCUUUUAUGUGUCAUCAGGAUAGUUCAUUCUUUUUUUUUGAGUAGUUAAGCAAAAAAAUAGAAAAGUGAAAUGGGGGGAAAUGUUUUGUAUGUAGUGCAUGCAUGCGCUAGUGUUCUUUAGCAUUUCAGCUACUUUGUGUCCGUUCCUCUUACCUUGUAGUAUACAAGUGGUGUGUGUGAUAGUUACCGAGUCCGGGCUUGCUUAGUGUUACAGUGAUGAUUGGAAUCUUCAUAUCUAGUUCAUGGGAGUGACAUGUCAGUGAGCAGUGCCAGUAUUAAGAAUUUAUUCAGUUUAUAAACCAUUAAAUAAUAUAUUUCCGUGUUUUAACUAGCAGGCCUGUCUCUUACCUGAUAUUUUAUAAAACACUAAAAGAAGAGCUGCUGUUGACAGGCCCUGAAAAUUAGGCCACAAUACAGAUAGGACAUUUUUCACUUUUUUUUUUAUAUCAAAACGGGCCCUCUACAAGACAUUGGCCAUCGCUACUGCACUACAGCACAAGUUAUAUGUCUUUGCCAGGGGGAAUGUUUGAGAGUUGGUCCAUGGUCUCACAGUUCCCUCCUCAUCUUGUUUUUUUCAUUUGCUUCCUGAACAGAGUAUUGCAGACAUUUUACUACAGGUAUAAUGUGUUACUUUGCUUUCAUGUGCUUAUAAGAAGCAUGCAGUUAUUGUAAUUCUUGUUUUACUAAUAAUGCAGAGCUCUCCAUGCUUACAUCUUGUAAUAUUGCUGAAGGUGUAGCAAAACAUUUCCUUUUGAAGAUGCUAUCACUGUGUGGUAAGAGGAAACUAGUAUUUAUCCAGAAUUAGUAAUAUUCCUGAAGGAUUCACGGCCAAGGAGUAUUCUGGUAUAACAAAUGCUGAUUAGGAAUAGCUUUCUCGUUGGAUGUUGAGUUGUUUGACUCAUUAACAGGAGUUUUGGGACUUUUUUUCUGAUACCCACAUUUCAUUUUAAGGAAAUGAGUUCUGGUCAUUAUUUCCUCACCUUAGUGGAAUGUGUCUUCAUCCUUAACCAAAUUAUAUACUUCAGUAUACAGUGUGCAUUUUAUGGUUCUUUCUGGUGAGUAGAGAAUUUAUUUAUAAUUAUGUAGGUAAACUUAUGUGUAACAGAUAUUUGGCAAAAUUUAGAAUUUUUAUGCGAUUCAGUGUGCCAACAAGUUUGAGUAGCAGUUCCAAAUGGUAACAGAUAAUUGAAGAGAUAAACCUCAAAGUUUAAAAGGAGUGAUGAUAUAGGAAUGGGGUAAAACAAGAAUGUGUUUGAACAUUAAGGCUGUGUAUAUGGUGAAGGAGCAAGCCAGUCAAGGCAGCUUUUUAUGUACCUGAAAGUACUUUAAAAAAGUUAAGCAGUUGUUAACCCAGUGAAAAGCAUUCAGUUUUUGUGGUGUGGUGCAAACUGCAGGAUACAGUUGUUUUACAUCGUCAUACAGCAGCACCUUUGCCAUGGUAAUAAAUUACAGAUCCACGAGGCAUGACUGCUCAAGUAGAGGUUAUGGUGUUUUUCUCAUUGUAACAGAAUUCUGAAGUCUGAGUUCUUAAAGCUGAUUGAUGGCUGACCAAUAUCCUAGGCAUUUAUCUUUUUCUUCAUAGACAUUUAUGCAAAAACAUGGGUUGCAAGUUUUUUUAGAGCUGUAAAAUCAGCUGACUUUCUUCAUCUGCUUAACCUAAAGUUAGUCUCAGUGUUUUAAUUUCUUCCCCAUUUAGCUGUAAAGACCUGUUAAUGUAUUCAGACUUGUAUUACUAAGCUAGAAGUAUAUUUCCAUGGAGCUGAACACAGGAAACACUGAUUUACUAUUAUUUACAAAAAAAUUAUUUAUAUAGGACUUGAAUUAUUAAAUGUAACAAAUUUAUAAAAUUAUAGUCUGUGCCUAGCAAAUGUAGCUGAAAACUAGAGAAAUGUAAAUAGAUAUUCCUUAUUUGUGUGUGUUAGUGCAGAGUGACGAUUUUGAAACUAAAGAUUUUUUUUGUUUAUUUUUUAAUACUGACUUACACCAACAUGCAAGACUGUUGUAAAAUGUCUUUCAUGUAAGUGUGGCAAAAGGCUGUUUUGAAGUUGAUGAUUUCUGACAAACAGACAUGCUGGAGAAGACACACCAGUGAUAGAACUGCAUAAUUUUCCAUCUUUAGUACUUUUAGAACUUAAACAUUUUUCUCAGGGAGCCACUUGCCAUUUGUAAAUUUGUAUGCAGAAUUAAUUCCAGUACAGGAGCAGAGCCACAAAUUUAAAAUGAGGUGUCAGCAUAGACUAUAGUCUACUGUUGGACCCUGAACAAAUCACUUAAUUUUUCUGUCUACUGCCUUCUUGGUAC